CGAAGUCUCUGUCGGCAUUUAGCGGCCGCAUUUGGAUUCGAACUCGGCCGCGUACGAGCGCCAAUGAAGUUGGUUCACGUGCGUGCGGCGUUGCUGCUUUAAAUGCGCCCACAAAUGCCCACGUCUCCGCGCACAGUUACAUCCAUCGAUCGCCAUGAGAUCCCUUCUUCCUCUUCUUCUCUGUUCCCUUCUGGCCUCCACCGUCUUCGCCACCUCCCACGUUCUGGAUCCCCCUCUUAAGGGGCUCGACGGCGGAUGGACGGCGAUCGAGGACCUCAAGGACCCCCACGUCCGCGAGAUCGCCGAGUUCGCCGUCUCCGAGAACAACAAGCUGGAGAAGACCAACCUCACGCUGAGGAAGGUGGAGGGGGGCGAGACCCAGGUGGUGGCCGGGACGAACUACCGGCUCGUGUUGGAGGUGAGAGAUGGUAGCGGCGCGUCGGCGAGGUACGAGGCGGUGGUUUGGGAGAAACCAUGGGAGAGCUUCAAGCAGCUCGCGUCCUUCCACAAACUGGUGAUCGUCGGCGGCUGGACCCCGAUCAAGAACAUCAGCGACCCCGACGUCGGUGAGAUUGCAGAGUUCGCCGUCGCCGAGCACAACCAUGAGGCCGGGACCAAUCUUACUCUGUGCAAGGUGGUUAAAGGCGAGACCCAGGUGGUGGCGGGGAUCAACUACAAGCUGGUGAUCGAGGCCAAAGACGGCGGUGUCGGCGUGGUGUCAGAGUACGAGGCGGUAGUUUGGGAGAAGACAUGGGAGCACUUCAGGAGGCUCACGUCCUUCAAGCUGCUUGAGGCCCACUAAGUUCACAUGAGAAGGUUGCGUCAUGUCGUCGCGCGCUUAUGCUGCUAAUGCGACUAAUAAGAUCGAUUAGUCUCAGAAAAGAAACACUAGCUGUAGUUGGGAGCUUUUCCUCGAUGCCUUUGAGCAUCUUCCUGAAGGGGGUUUUCCAGCAUAUUGGCAAUGGCUCUUCGACUUAUAUCCUCUCGACGUUUUGCAAUGUUGAGACGCUUAAUGA